UCCCUCUAAAACCAUUUUGAUAUUCACGACAAGGUCCGGUUGUUUCGGUUAGGGUUCCUCGCCGAACACACAUCCAUCCAUCACCUUCCCCUAGUUCCGUAAGUGUUUCCGAAGAGCCAUGGAAACUGGGAAACGAGACAGGGAAGACAUGGAAGUGCAACCCUCCUCUCCGAGGAAACCACGUGUACUACUCGCUUCAAGCGGAAGCGUCGCCGCCAUCAAAUUCGGCAAUCUCUGCCAUUGUUUCACAGAGUGGGCUGAAGUGAGAGCCGUCGUCACGAAAUCGUCUCUGCAUUUCGUCGACAGACUCUCUCUCCCAGGGGAAGUGACUCUGUACACUGAUGAAGAUGAGUGGUCGAGCUGGAACAAGAUCGGCGAUCCUGUGCUUCACAUCGAGCUCAGACGCUGGGCUGAUGUUUUGGUCAUUGCUCCUUUGUCUGCUAACACAUUAGGGAAGAUUGCUGGUGGGCUGUGUGAUAAUCUUCUGACUUGUAUCAUUCGAGCUUGGGAUUAUAGCAAACCGCUUUUCGUAGCACCUGCGAUGAAUACUUUGAUGUGGAACAAUCCUUUUACAGAAAGGCAUUUGUUGUCGCUUGAUGAACUUGGAGUCACGCUUAUUCCUCCCAUCAAGAAGAGAUUGGCGUGUGGGGACUAUGGUAACGGCGCCAUGGCUGAGCCUUCUCUUAUCUAUUCCACUGUCAGGCUCUUCUGGGAGUCGCAGGCUCAUCAGCAAAGUGGUGGUACAAGUUAAAAAGACCAUGGUGGUGUCCACUUUGCAUUGGUUGGUUCUGUUUUCAGUGUCAUAGAUAAUAGAUGAUUAUUCAGUUUGUAAUGCUUGUUUAUUGUACAUCUUUAAAACAGCUGUCUGGAAUCUGGGUUGAUGUCUCAACUCAUGUUGCUGUAGAAAACUAUUUAAGUUUAUCUAAGCUUAGUAUUAAACUA